AUGACCAGCCGCCCUGCUUCAGGGUCCCUCUGCGACGGCCCGGACGACGUGAAAGAGGAUGCAAAGUCGCAAGUUACGGGAACAAUAGAGGUGCAUUUCGACUACGACGCCAGCGAUGUCAAAUGCUUAGUGCGUAAGGUCGAUUGGCGCAUCAUGCCAUUUCUUUGGGGCUAUGCUGUUCUCUCGGCCGUCGAUAAAGUCAUCAUCUCGAACGCAGCCCUCUACGGCAUGUUGAAAGACAACAACCUUGUUGGUCAGCAGUACAGCUGGGUUGGCUCCAUCUUCUACUUUGGUUACCUUGUAGCCGAGUUUCCAGCUGUGAAUUUGAUGGCUCGGUUCCCAAUCGGCAAGUUUCUUGCAAUUACAGCCAUGGGCUGGUCUGUUACAACGCUGCUCAUGGCUGUCACCCACAAUGCCGCCGGUCUGAUGGCGCUUCGAUUCUUUAUGGGCAUGUGCGAAGCGCCAGCGCUACCUGGGUUGACUCUGAUCACCGUCAUGUGGUGGCGGAAGAAAGAACAGCCAUUGCGCGUGGCCAUAUGGAGUUCAACAGUUGCCUCGGUAUACGUUGGGCUUAUCUCUUACGGCAUUGGAAACAGCACCCUGGCUAUAGCUUCAUGGCGCCUGCUUUUUAUUGCUCUAGGUGGCAUUAGCUUCAUCUUUUCUAUACUCAUGUUCUUUCUCUUUCCUGAUAGACCUGAAGAAGGCAAGUUCUUAUCAGCAAAGGAGGCAUAUAUCGCGAUGCACCGGAAGCUUGACGACAACACCGGCAUCGAAAACAAGGAGUUCAAGUGGUACCAAGUCCGCGAGGCACUCAUCGACUGGAAGUCUUGGGUUGUGUGCUUGUUCUUCCUGUGCAUGAAUGUGUCCAACGGUGGAUUGAACACUUUCUCCGCGCAGAUUGUGUCCAGCUUCGGCUUUGGCCCACUCAAGACCGUUCUCCUUGGCAUGCCCACUGGCGUUAUCCAGGCAGUUUCUUCCAUCCUCGCCACAAUUCCCCCUCGCUACAUCAAGGACACUCGAUGCAUUUCUGCUGCCGCUUGCUGCAUCGUGCCCCUUGUAUGCAGCAUCGUCAUUCGCGAACUACCCUCUUCAAACAAGGCCGGUCUACUUACCGCAUACUACUUCUUCUACUUCUUCUGGGGUCCCUACGCCGUUGCACUUAGCUUGCCUAUGGCAAACACGAGUGGGCACACGAAGAAGGUGACGGUGAACGCGAUGGUGUUUCUGGCGUACUGCGUCGCCAACAUUAUUGCGCCACAGACAUUUCGUGCCAGCGAAGCACCGCAUUACGCCACCGGUUACAACAGCAUCUUGGGGUUUGAGAGCAGUGCCGUGGCGCUAAUGGCUGUGUACUAUGUCGGCAUCAAAUAUGAGAAUCGCAGGAGAGACAAGACUUAUGGGAAGGUCAUCGCGGGGAACAUUUCGGUAGAAGAAAGCAUGGAGGACCUCACGGACUGGGAGAAGAAGAGUUUCAGAUACGUGUGUUAG